GACCUCCAUGGCAGGCGCCACGAAGCCUUGGAAGAAGGUCUAGGCGACGGUUUCGCAGGCCAGGCAAAGAAAGGUCGUGGGCACAAGGGCCGUUCCGUCCAGCGCACCGCAGGAGGGGUCGCGAUUUGCCGAGCCGAGUUGCCACCGCCUCCAUUCAAGACGGAGGCCGUGAAAUGUAGUAUCACCAGCUGUGCCUCCAAAGCAACGGAACAACGACUCGAGGAUCCCCAGCCCAUUAGACACCGGCUCAUCUGUCCUGUAAAACGAACGAAGGAGGCUGUCGAGGCCACGGGCUACAGCUACUCACCUCGCGGAGCCCAGGCCAAACCAGUAGUCCAAGAUGUCCUCGAGGACCUGCCCUUGCUGGCCAUCAAAGAUGGCUACGGGGAAGUCUCGGCCGGUCAGGUGAUCCACGAUUGGCCCCAGGGCCGGUCGAUCCAGGCGGUGGCAGUUUCGCGAUUUCAGCCCACCUUGGACGAAGAGUUGCAGGAGAGCCUGCUGAGUUGCUUCUCCCUGGAUCUGCAGCCGCAGCACCAGACACAGUCUGCGAAGCCCAAGCGACGCAGGAUGCUGCGCCAUUCCGUUUGCAACGUCCAUCUGGGUGAUGCGACGCAGCCCUCUCUGUUCCUGGAGGAUGUGAGACUACCGACGGAGGAACUCCCCCGUAGCGUCUUUCCGCUCGAGGAAAUCCUUUCGCGGAACAUCUUGUGGCUCGUGGCGCAGAUGGUGCGCAAAUUAGAUCUCACGCCUGCGCCGCCCGGACUUGGGCAGGAGAAGCCGCCUUCGGUGGGAGGAACGCCGGGUGCUGUGGAGACGCUCGUUGCGGGAAUGGCCAGGCAUGUAGCAAAGGGGCUCGAACGUUUGGUGAUUUCAACAUGCCUGCAAUGA